AUGCCAAUCUUUCGGAUUAUGGGUGGCUCCCGCAGCAGCAAUGCGGCUUCUCACAUCACGACGCCGCAAGCUGGCAGUAACACGGUCCGUCAAACUGAUCGCCGGAGUGCAUCACGGCAUCAAUAUCCGGGACAACGAUUACAGCAACAACAGCAGUCGUCACAGCAAACUCCAACCUUCAUGUCGCCCAGUGAGGCAAAUCAACUUGGGGGGAUGCAAGCUCCCAAUCCUGCGGCCGCUCAAAACAAUCCAGUGAUCCAAGGGAACAACAUACCAGCUUCUUCCACAUCUCCCAAUAGCGAUGCCCAAAUGAUGCUAUCCAUGCAGGCCAGUGAAGUCACCAGGCCGGGAGCCUAUUCCGUCACGAGAACGAGCAGUGGGCCUGCUCAAGUAUAUCGAGUGACAGUUCCACCAGGAGUACGUCCAGGAUCGGAAUUUACGGUUCACGCGGGUGCUCGAAGAGUACGAGUCAGAUGUCCUCCCAAUUCACGGCCUGGACACUCCCUGCAGAUUACCUUGCCACCCGAACCAGUCACACACAAUCAAUUGCUCAAAGUAGCUCCAUUGACCUGUGCGGAGGAGGAUGUCGCAGGAGGUGGAGCCGUCAAGAUGACUCCUGAAGUUCUAAGGGUCAAUCAAGCGGCUACCGAAUCGGGAGGUGUGGCACAAACCUUUUUGGUUACCAUUCCUGCCAAUAUCUUUCCUGGCAUGCAGUUUACCGUCAAUGUGGAAGGUCAACGAUUCAUGGUCACCUGUCCUGCCAAUGCUGGACCCAACAUGAAGGUUCGAAUUGUUCCUCCCACCCAACGAGAAGAACCCAUGGCGGCACCCAAGACUCAAGUCUUUGAGGUGACGGUUCCCGCGGGUGUCCGACCGAAUCAACCCUUUACUCUUAUGGCCAAUGGACAGCGGGUUCUUGUCACUUGUCCCACCAAUGUGGCGCCUGGACAAAAGAUUCGAUUUCAAUUGCCGGUCCAACAAGUCAUUGGAAACAUCCAACUCUCGUAUGAAAAUGAAUCGGGGGGUUGGUGCCGAACGAUUCGUGUAAAGGAUUUGAAAUUUCAAUGGGUCCGCGUACAAUCCAAAAAGGAAGAACAGGAAGGCAUCUUGGAUGAUAUGGAAAAGUUUGACUUUUCAAAGGCGGCCUAUGUUCGCAAGUUGUCCUAUUUAGAAGGAAACGAUGCUCGCAUGCGAACGGCCAAGGUGGACUUUGUACCGGCCAAUGAAGCUGUGGUCGAUUCACGGUUAAUGCAUGCCAAUAAGACACUAUUGUCGUAUGCGGAUAUUGCCAACAUUCAAGGAAAGGGAUUGGAAGAAAAGAUUGCAUGGUUCCAAAAUAUUUGCAAACAAUCCAUGACCAAUUGGGAGAACGGACAUGUCAAACUAGUGGUGAGACGACAUUCCCUCUUGCAAGAUUCCGUGGAUGCCGUCAUGUCAUUGGGCCGAGAUGAUAUGCGCAAACAUUGGCGAGUGGAAUUUCUUGGUGAACCAGCCAUUGAUGCUGGAGGAGUCACGAGAGAAUGGUUCCAGCUCGUGUCGGAGCAACUCUUUGAUCCUGAUUUUGGUCUUUGGUUGUCCUCGGUCAAUAAUCAAAUGUGUAUGACGAUCAAUCCAGCCAGUGAUAUAUCCUGUCCCGAUGAUCACCUGAUAUACUUUCGAUUCUUGGGACGGGUAAUGGGAAGAGCGCUCUUUGAUCGACAACUCAUCAAGGGACACAUGGUCCGACACUUUUACAAGCAUUUGCUUGGUUGGCCCAUUACCUUUGAAGAUCUUGAAGCACAAGACGAAGAGUACUAUACGUCCCUCAAGAAAUUUACCACCAUGGAAGAUCUCAGCAUGAUGUGCCUGGACUUUACCAUUACCGAAGAAACCAUGGGAGUCCGAAGAGAUGUGGAACUCAUUCCAGGUGGUAACAUGAAGGAGGUUACUGCUGAGAAUCUUCCGCAAUACCUAGAGUCCAACUUGCGGUAUCGAAUGCUGGACAGAGUCAAGCCACAGCUUCGAGAACUCUUGCUUGGGUUCUUUGAUAUCAUACCGGAACCUGCUCUGACGGUAUUUGAUCCCAAUGAAUUGGAACUCACUCUAUGUGGUCUACCCACCAUUGAAAUGGACGACUGGGAAUUUAAUACGAUCUAUUCAGGCCUAUAUGAAAACGCAAGCAAGGGCAAGCAACAACAUAAGUGUGUCCAGUGGUUCUGGGAAGUGGUCCGGGAAGACUUUGACCAGGAAAUGAAGGCACGUUUACUCCAAUUUGUCACGGGUACCUCGGGUGUCCCAACCAGAGGAUUUUCCGUCCUGCAAGGGAAUGAUGGCAACAUUAAAAAGUUUGCCAUUCAUGGAGUCAACCGGACACAGUAUGCCUUUCCAAGAUCACAUACCUGCUUCAAUCGCAUUGACUUGCCCAAUUAUUCCACGAAGAAGGAAUUGUACGAAAAGCUGAAGGCAGCCAUUACGAUGUCAUCAGUAGGUUUUGAUAUGGAGUAA